GUGACAGCGCUCUCUGUAACUUUCACUUUUGAUUCUGAGUUUGUUCCGUGCGCUCAGGAAAAAGAAAAAAAGGACAGCAUUCACCGAGCCUCUUUUAAUCCUCGCAUCGAAUUUACAACAAACUGGUUAUGUCUGAUCUUAACAUGGACCAGCUUUCUGCCGAGGUGGGAGAACUCCGGGACACAAACAAUCAGCUCAGACUGGCAAAGGCAGAGCUGGAGUCUUGGAAGAGGAAGGUGGAGAAGGCUGACGACGUGAAGGCCAUGCUCGUACUGGAGAAACUGGAAGAAGAUGACAAGAAGAAGAACAUACAGCAGGAGAUGAUGGCCUGUAGUCAACGGCGGGAGGAGCGUCAGAAGGAUCUAACUGACAAGAUGAAUAAAGUGAAGGGUGACGUCCAGCAGCAGGAUGAGCGCAAACAGAAGCUGCUGGCUCAGCUGAAGAAGCUGCAGGACGAGCUGCAGGCCCGGAAAGUUCAGUCCAGCAAACUGAAGCAGAAGUUCAAGAUCUGCACCCAGAUCCCAGACACGGAGGUGAACUUCCAGAAGCAGCACAGAGAGGAGUCGGAGGUCUACGAUGACGUCGCGGCGGGAGUUUUCACCAUCAUCAAGAGAGUGGACGUGCCUCUAAAGGGGGGGCAGGCGCUUAUUACCUUCGAGGAGGAGAAAGUGGCCUCUCAGGUGCUGAAGCUCAACAAGUGCUCCAUGUCCUACGAGAACAGCACCGUGGAAGUGACUCCUGUGAAAGUCAUCAUGGACCCUUCGGUCAAGUUCGAGGUUCACCUCGACGUGUCCAGAAGAGCGGUGAAGGUCUCCAACGUGCCUCCGUCCAUGGCCGAGGAGCGAGUGAGGGACCGUCUGCACAUCAGCUUCUCCAAGCCCAGCCGGGGAGGAGCCGAGGUGGAGACCGUGGAGUACGACAUGAACACCGGGACCGGACGCAUCGCCUUCCUCCAGCCAGGAGCUGCCGAGCGCCUGGCCCUGAAAGGGAAGCACCAGGUGGAUCUGGAUCCUGACGAAGUCAGCGUGCAGGUCGGACCCGAGUUCAGCUACAAGCUUCGCAGAUUUCAGACCUUCUGCGGCACGGCCAAGAGAACCGUCCUCCUGGAUAACAUCCAGGUGGCCCAGAACGUCGAGGACGAGGAGGACGUGCAGGACCACCUGGAGAUCUACUUCCAGAAGCCCAGCAACCGAGGCGGCGAGAUCGAGAGCAUCAAGUACCUCUCCAAGGGGAAAGCUCUGCGGGCUUUCUUCUGUGAGGACUCCGUCCAGACCGACGCCGCGCUGUAAAACCUCAAACAUCAUCGUUUAUUUACCUCCUUAUAGGAUCUGCCAUCACUAACUCUUUAUCUGAAUUUGUCACGUGGUAAUCUCUCUGGGAAACUGUGGGAUGGGUGUGUGAAGCUCUCACUGAUACAUGUAUAAAAAGUCUUCUUUUAGUUUAAAAAAGGCUUCCGGCGAUGUGGUUGAACUGUAUAUCAGAUCUGUGAUUAUUAUACUUCUGAAGUUCAGUGAAAAACAUCUUACUGUGUUUGUAUCCUGCAGACGUGGCUCAGAGUGUUUUAGAAACACAUGUGCGUGUUGAAAAUCAGCCAUGUUUCUGCGGCUGCUGAUGGGGAAUGAAGUGUUCUGGAUUGUGAGGAAUAAACCAGGCGGUGACAUGAAGAGUCUUCUCCUUUUGUGUGAUUUACGACCUCUGCCGAUCAGCUCUGACGUCCCAACUGUGCUGGACUUCAAGCUUGAACAGAGAAUCUAUAAUCAGGUCAAAUUCAGAGGGUGUGUGUUCUACCUCACUUUAUCGUUGGCUUCAAUAAAAGACCUGGAUCAAGCA